AGGUCUAGAAAUCUGUGCUCACAGAUACCACCUGACUGGAAAAACUACCUUGGAUCUGUACAGGGAACGACAACAUCAUGCAGAAGCCCUGCGACGAAAAAGAAGGAAAGCCCAAGAGCAGUGAGCCAAAGAUGGAAGCUGAACAUCCCCAUGGAGCAUUUGAAGCCCGGCGGAUGGAAGGGAAUUUCAGACAGAGGCUGCUUCAGUCUCUUGAAGAAUUUAAAGAAGACAUAGACUAUAGGCAUUUUAAAGGCGAAGAAAUGACAGGAGAGGAAGAUGAGAUGGAAAGGUGCUUGGAAGAAAUAAGAAGUCUGAGGAAAAAAUUCAGGGCUCUGCAUGCUAACCAUACCCAUUCUCGGGACCAUCCCUUUUGAAGCAGUAGCUUCAGAAAUUAUUUUCUGUUAUUAAUAUUUCCACUGUUUUCUGUUUCCAUUUUCCUUUAUAAACACUUAUUAUUAUUUCACUUUAAUACUUCAGUAUUGGUUACCGUCAUCUACACACCUAACAUUGUCCAUGUCUCAUCUUUCAAUUUCACCCCACUGAUUUAAUAGGACGUUUUGUUCAUUUACACAAAAGGAUAGUCAUCUGGUAGUUUAUUGUAAACCAAAAAAUUGCAAGCUAUAAAGCUACUAUGUGUGCCUAAUGUGUUCAUUUAUGUAUGAUACCAUGCAAAGUCUUAUUCUAUGCCAACGAGGUGAAUCUAUGUGCUCUGCAUUCUCUUUCUUCUUUUCCACAAAAUGAAUAUAUAUGCAUCUGUAUUAUUAAUUUCGUAUCACAAAAAGGAAAAUAAUUGGACACAAGUGAAAGAAGUUUAUCAAUUGCCUUUGGAAAGCAGUGGAACAGUAAAUUUUUAAUAACAGAAAGGUAUGUCAACUGCAAAGUACCUUUGGAUUUCUUAGCCAGAGGAAUAAACAGACCAUUAUAAAAUACAUAUGUUUAAGACGUGAUCAUUUCAUGGAGAAAAUAUUUGCUUCACAGGGAUU